AUGGUAAGGCCAAUCAUUAUUCAUCGCCGAAUGGAGUGGAUUAGGCGGGAGAAAAUUGGGGAAGAAACUUUUGAAAUCUCUAAUUUAGAAGAGCAAAAUGCAGAAGGAAUUGAAGAUUCCUUGGAGGAUAUAGAAAGCAACAUGAAUGCAGUUGUAUCUUUUGUUCCUCAACUAGGUGAGCAAGAAUUAAGAGAGCCUUACAUCGGUAUGGAAUUUCAAUCACUUGAUACUGGAUUUAAAUUUUAUCUUGAUUAUGCUCAUCGUAAUGGUUUUAGUGUGCGCAAAAAUCGAAUUAGUAGAUCAAGAAAAGAUAAAUCCAUUAUUGGUCAAGAGUUUGUUUGUUCAAAAGAAGGAUUUCGUUCAAAAAAAUGUCUUGAGAGUAAUAAGCAACGAGAUGAGACUAGAGAGAGGUGCAAAGUGAUGAUAUAUAUGUCAAAGAAAGAAGAAGAAAAGUGGGUUAUAGCUAGGCUUGUCUUGAAUCAUAAUCAUGAACUUGCUUCUCCUAAUAGUCAGAAAUUCUUGCGAUCAAAAAGAAAAAAAUCAGAGGCUCAAAAAAAUCUUAUUGAUCUCUUAAAUAAUUCUGGUAUUCGUCCAAGUAAAAUCGCAUCAGUGUUAACUACUCAGGCGGGAGGCAUAGAGAAUCUCAAUAUAACUGGACGAGAUAUUCAGAAUUAUUUGAGCACUAAAAGGCAAAAUUGUCUUGAGAAAGGAGAUGCACAAUUGAUGUUGAAAUACUUUCAAAAGCGACAAUCUGAUAGCCCAGGAUUCUUUUAUGCAAUACAAAUGGAUGUGGAGGGUCAUUUAGCUAAUUGUUUUUGGGUAGAUGCUAGGUCUAGGAUAGCUUACAAGAAUUUUGGAGAUGUUGUCCUAUUUGAUCCUACAUACUUGACAAAUAAAUAUAAGAUGCCUUUUAUUCCAUUUACCGGAGUUAAUAACCAUCACUAA